CAAGGUGAGAAUGGUAGACUAUAAAAGCUGGUUCUUGAUGAGGGAGCAUAGCGAAGAUGAAGCGAAAAUAACGUGAGAGAGUUGAAAAAAGAAUAUAUUCCCAUUUUUUUUCUUUUCUUUAUCUGUUGUUUUUUUCCCCUUUUUUAACUGCCCUUCAUAUAUAUAUAUAUAUAUAUAAUACAUUUGCCAUGCUUAAGAAGAACGUACAUGUUCAGUCAAAUGGCGGCACUGGUGUUCGACUGGAGAAACCGACAAACCCUCUGUUUUGUGGAAAACUGAAACGUAACAAAAUGAGUGGGAGGAAGAAACUUGAUGUUAAUGAAAAAGUUGAGGUGAGGAGUGAGGAAGAGGGAUUUCAGGGCUCAUGGCAUCAAGGGACUGUUAUUGCAUUGGAUAAGCGGGGGUUUCACAUCAAGUAUGACCACAUUGUUGUUGAUGAUGGUUCUGAUAGUCUCGUUGACAUUGUGGGUGUUUCACCUGGAAUAAAUGGUAUUGACUGUCCCUGUGAGAAUCAUUGUCACUAUCGAGGGUUAAUGAGGCAAUUGCCACCUAAGCUAGUGUUCAGUAAAUGGAGUCUUUGCUAUGGUAUCUGUGUGGAUGUAUGGUAUAUGGAUGCCUGGUGGGAAGGUGUGAUUUUUGACCAUGAAGAUGGUUCAGAGACUAGGAGAGUGUUCUUUCCUGAUUUGGGUGAUGAAAUGGUCGCUGGAAUUGCAGAUUUACGGAUUACACAAGAUUGGGAUGAUUUUGAAGAGGAGUGGCACCAACGUGGAACUUGGUUGUUUCUUGAGUUGAUUAAACAAUAUGAGCAUGAGUGGUACAUUUCUGUUUCUGUGAAGCAACUCUGGUAUGAUUUACGGGAGAAAAAUAGUUUUCAAAAUGUUAGAGAGUGGACUAUUUCUUGUGAUUCUUUGUGGAAAAAAUUGGUGCUGGAGGUAAUAAAAGAUAAUCAUGAGAUCACUGUGAAUCAUUUUGUUAGGGUAUUAGGCCUUCCUGGGUCCUCUCAACCAGAAUCUGAGUCGCAACUGGAGCCUAGUAUGCCAGAUGCAGAUUUAGAUGAAACUGCUUCUCUUUUACCAUUUGAGCAUAAGGUUAACAGUAAUUUGUUGAGUCCAAAUUCAUCUAUUGUUCAACCAAUUCAAGAGAAAUCUAGUAUAGGUCCGUUGAUGUGCAUCUCAAAUGAUGAUACUCAUGUUUUAACUGAAUGCAAUGGGUCCUGUCUUGAUAAAGCACUUUCUGUUUUACCUGAAGCUUUGUUGGUCUCACCCUCUGUUGUGGAUGGAAUUUCUUGCAUCUGUUCUCUAACCAGAAAUGAAAGAUUUUCCAAAACCGAUAAUGAUAUGGCUCAAAGGAGGGCCAGGCUAAAGAGACACAAUGCAAAGGUUACAUGGAUAACUGCUGGUCCCAACCUUGUUCCUGAGGCUGAGUCAUGCCCUGAUGCCAUUAGAAAAUAUGCUCUUGCUGACAAGAAACAUCUUAAUGCUUUGAGAACUGAUGUUAGGAAGCAUCUUUUAUAUCAAGGAUGGAGAAUUGAAUCGAAGCGAGAAAAACAUCUUGUCAGAAUGCGAUACAUCUCACCUACUGGUGUUUGUUAUUACUCUCUUUAUAAGCUCUGCUCACAUUUAAUGAAUAACACCAGAGAGCUUAUUUGUUCAGACACAAAAGAUGCACAUCAUGUUAUUGAAUCAAACAGCAAGGUUCAACAUGUUGUUGAACCUGAAUAUUGCCCUCAAGCUGUUUUGAAUUGGUCUAAAGCUGAUAUCAAUGCGAUUUGCAAGCGCCGUCUCAGGAAAAGUGAUAUGAUACCGAAGGCAAAAAAGCAUCUCUCAUGGCUGGGUUGGGUAUUUCACUAUGUAGUCAGCAAUGGAAGGCGCUAUUUGUGCUAUACUUCACCGAGAGGAAGGACAUGUUAUUCACUUCGUGGAGCCUGCAAAAUUUGUAUAAAAGAAGGCGGGCUUUCACAAGAUGCUGCUUCUCCUUCUGGAUCUGUCGGAAACAUUAAUGUCACUGAAGAGGUUGAUGGUCAACUAGCAGGCAAGAAGCUUUCUUCUGCACUCUCUAAAAUGGAUAUCCAGAGGAAGCCUGUUUGUUCUGACACCAAAGAUGCACAUCAUGUUGUUGAACCAAACAUCAAAGAUCUACAUGUUGAACCAGAAUAUUGCCCUCAUGCUCUUUUGAACUGGUCUAAAGCUGAAUCCAAUGAGAUUCAAAAGUGUCAUUUCAGGAGAAGUGAUAUGACCCUGAAGGCUUCUCCUAGACCUGUAGAGACAAUUAAUGUCAAUGAGGAGGUUGAUAGCCAGCUAGCAAGUGAGAAGCUUUGUUCUGCACUUUCUGAUACAGAUAUCCUGAGAAGCUUGGUGCCAUCAAAUGCUAAAUCUAACAAUUGUACUAGAAAAUCUUUUUCUAAACUGGAGACUAGAAAUGUUUCUGAGCAAAGUAUAGUACUAGGUCAAAGAACUCAGAAGCCUAAGAGGAAAAAGGAUAGUUUAUCGAAUCUUGUGGCUGACUUAGUUAAAAAGCAAACUGACUCACCUGUUAAAAACACUAGCAUCUCAAGAUUGAAAGGUGGAAAAUCACCUGCAGCAUUGAUCAAAUUAAGAGAGAAUCUCAAUGGCAAUCAACAUAACCAUUUGUUACGAUCAACCAAAAGAGUGCAGCAGGUUGUAACUCCUAGUCUGUUGCAUCAAAAUCCACGAACUGUGUUGUCUUGGCUGAUAGAUAACAAUGUUGUUUUACCAAGGUCAAAAGUACAUUACUGGAGGAAGGAAAAGAGAUUGAAAGUGGAAGGCCGGAUAACUCGUAAUGGAGUUAAGUGCAAUUGUUGUGACAAGAUAUACACUCUCGGUGGCUUUGUAGCACAUGGUGGCAGCAGUAACCACAGAGCAGCUGCCAAGAUCUUCUUGGAAGAUGGCAGGUCUCUGUUGGACUGCCAACGGGAAAUGAUGCGAACUAAUAAGAUGAAGUCUCAAAGAAAACUGAGUUGCCGUUUGAUUCGCAAUUCUCAAAUAGACAAGAAUGACGACAUUUGUUAUGUUUGUCAUUAUGGAGGUGAACUAAUAUUGUGUGAUCAAUGCCCAUCCUCAUUCCAUAAAAGCUGCCUCGAUUUAGAGAGUAUUCCAGAUGGUGACUGGUUCUGUCCAUCUUGUUGCUGUGGAAUCUGUGGUCAAAGCAAGCUUAAAGAAGACGUUGCUAAUAUUGAGGAUGAUAGAGUUCUUACUUGUGCUCAGUGUGAGCAUAAAUAUCAUGUUCAGUGCAUAUGCCGUAGAGGGGCAGAUAGCUUGGAAAUAUGUGCAAAAGAAAAUUGGUUUUGCUGCAAAAAGUGUGAAGAGAUAUUUUUGGUCCUUCAUGAACUUUUAGGAAGACCAAUUCCUGUCGGAACAGACAAUCUAACAUGGACACUAAUUAAAUCCAUGCCAUCAAAUACUCAUGAUGAGGCUUCAGAUAAUGAGGCCAUGGUUGAGAAUUAUAGCAAACUUAGCAUCGCGCUUGACGUGAUGCAUGAGUGUUUCAAGCCUAUAAAAGAACUUCGCACUGGCAGAGAUCUUGUUGCAGAUAUUAUAUUCAGUAGAAGUUCUGAACAUAACGGCUUGAACUUCCAAGGCUUCUACACAAUACUUUUGGAAAGACAGGAUGAACUCAUUACCGUUGCUAAUGUUAGGGUCCACGGAGAAAAAGUAGCCGAAAUACCUUUAAUUGGUACCAGAUUUCAAUACCGGCAACUUGGAAUGUGUCGCAUUUUGAUGGAUGAGCUUGAAAAGAAGCUCAUAGAAUUAGGAGUUCAGAGGCUGAUGUUACCUGCUGUUCCUGAUGUGCUGCCCACCUGGACUGGUUCAUUUGGGUUUUUAAAGAUGACUCCAUCAGAGAGAUUACAAUUUGUUGAUUAUACAUUGUUAGGUUUCCAGGGUGCCAUCAUGUGCCAGAAGCUUUUACCGAAGAGUCCUUUAGUGGAAUCAAACCUAUCUCUUGGAUCCCAGUUUGAACUUCAUAGUGAUGAAAAUGCCAAUGCAGAUGGGUCCAGUUCAGUCUCUGAAGCACUCCAAGCGAUUGAGGAAAACAGAUGUAUGGAUCAAGGACCAAUGGAGAUUGAUACUGGCGGGUGGAUUACUAAAAAUGUUGAUAUUGUGGUUACGUUACAGGCCAACCAACCAACUCAAAUUGACCAUGCUCGAUGCGAUAAUGAAGUCAAUCCAAAUUGCUCAGUUCAGGCUGCCUAUUGUGAGGAAACGAAAGGUGGCGGUAACCAUUUUGUCAAGUGCUGCUACAAGAAGCGCAGGAGGAUAGCUGUGAAUAGGAGGUAAGGAUACCCACAGAUUCUGCCAUCAGAUGGGAGUUGUGCCAUGGUGAAACCGAAAUGGUGUUUUUCUUUUUUUGGAUGCUGUCAACACAUGAACACAGAUGCAGGGCAUCUGAGUUUUCUUCAUGGAUGUGUAAAUUUUCUUGUACAGAACAUCUCAAAAUCAGAUAAGUUGUGUUUAUAUCAACUAUAAACUUGGGAAAUUAUACCUUAUAGGAUGAAGGAUGCAGAUCUCAUUUUGAUUACCCUUUUGUCCAUAAAUUCCCUUGUUUCAUGUUCUUUUUGAUGGGUUUGGCAAUUAAAACAUAUCAUAAGUUAAACUGGAAGCUGCA